CUCACUAAAAAAUAAUAAACUAAACUCUCAUCAUCUUCAGUCAACAGUUCAUGUGAUAUGAAACAAUGAGAACUCUUUUGCACAACUUCAAUUUUGUCCCUCAAGAUUCUCCUUAUUACAAAACGUCCCCUUUUCCCACAUCAUCCUUCUUCAACGUUCGCUUUCCCAUCAAGAACAACCAAAUCUCUUGUAACAAAGCAAAGAAUUUGAGAAUGGAUCCGUCUAAGGGAAUCCAAGAACAGAGGAUUGUGAUUCCAAACAGACACAACGAGAAGCUGGUUGGUCUGCUUCAUGAAACUGGUUCUACAGACAUCGUAGUCUUGUGCCAUGGCUUUCGAUCAAACAAGAGUAACCAAAUAAUGAAUAAUGUGGCUGCUGCUAUACAGAAAGAAGGGAUCAGCGCUUUUCGUUUUGAUUUCUCCGGGAAUGGAGAGAGUGAAGGCAGUUUCUAUUAUGGUAACUAUAACCAUGAAGCUGAUGAUUUACAUUCUGUUGUCCAAUACUUCUCUAACAAGAACCGUGUGGUUCCUAUAAUCCUCGGUCACAGUAAGGGAGGUGAUGUUGUCCUCCUCUACGCCUCCAAGUAUCAUGAUGUCCGCAAUGUAAUCAAUCUCUCGGGACGUUAUGAUCUUAAAAAGGGUAUAAGAGAGCGUCUUGGAGAAGAUUUUUUGGAAAGAAUUAAGCAACAAGGAUUCAUCGAUGUUGGAGAUGGAAAAUCGGGGUAUCGUGUUACUGAGAAGAGCUUAAUGGACAGGUUAAGCACUGAUAUUCAUGAAGCUUGCCUCAAGAUUGACAAAGAGUGCAGGGUCUUGACGGUUCAUGGAUCGGAGGACGAGGUAAUACCUGUGGAAGAUGCGAAGGAGUUUGCGAAGAUCAUACCAAACCACAAGCUGGAGAUUGUGGAAGGAGCUAAUCAUGGUUAUACUGAGCACCAAAGUCAAUUAGUUUCAACAGUUAUGGAGUUCAUAAAGACAGUCAUUGUGAAGAACAACUAGAAUUGAGUUACGUUUGCCUUUUAAAUCAUGAAAGUUUGUAAUUCAUUUUUAAGCUACGAAAAACUGAGAAAAUCCAAAUAAAGUUGGGAACACUGAUAUAUAUGAUAAAACUGGUUACACAACAUACAUAUAUUGUCUGCAAAAAACACAAGCAUUCAUUAACAAUAUUCUGCAAGCCAUCUUAGUAUGUUUUAAUAGAGCUUAGAAACACGUAUAGCAUAAGUAUGUUUAAUAGAGAAGAAGAAAACACAAAUUGUAAAAGACAAUGUUAUAUAGGCCUUUUGAGUGGACUGCAAAGUUUGUAGGCAAAACCAUAAAAACUUCAACGUCUAGGUGUUCUUCUGGUUUUAAAGAACCUUUCUCUGAUUGAGAUC